AUGAUGAGAGGAGCCACGCGAAACCUUGAGUAUGUCGACGGAGAGAACUUCUUCAGUCUUCAGUUCCGCAUGUUUCGAGGUCAACGGCCGGACCGCGACGAGCAAGAAAAGAGCGGCAUACCGGCAACAUCCCCGAUUUUGGCACGGGCUGCUGAGCCUUGGCUGUUUCGACAAAAGGUACAUACGGAAGUAUGGCGCGGGAAGACGUUCUCCGCGAACGCUAACACGAUGACUAGCGUUGACCUGCGGUGCAACCAAAUGUUGGCGUCGUUCUAUUUGCGGCCGGGAGUUUGCUUUUCAAGGUAGUAGGCAAUAUAUUUCCAAUCGCCAAACAUGGCGGCGGUAGGCUCUUAUGGUUGAGUCCCGGACUGAGGCGUAGGCCGUUUGGUGCGUGUACCUAUAGAG